AUGAAUGAUGAUGGUGAUUACUCUACUUAUAACAGUGUUCUUGAUAAUUUUUUAAAAGAAGAUUUAUUGGAUGAAGAAGUUCAGGAUUCAAAAAUAUUAGGAAUUCAGUUUGCUGGGAUAGAACUUCUUGAAGAUGGACUGUAUUUUGGACUAGAGGGACCGACUUUCAAUUUUCCAGCUCAACUUACAAAUAUUAAAUGUCUUCGCAGUGCACUAGAAGCUUUAUAUUUUUUAAAACAAAACAUUGUUAAAAGAGCAAAGUUAAUAUCUGAUUCAAAAAAUGUGGAUCAUCCAUACAAUAAAAUAUUUCACUGCAAUUCAAAUACUUUAAGAGAAGCAAGGCAUUUCAAGAUUAAGUUUACCUGA